UCUAAAGUUAGCCAGAUGAUCUGAGGCCCAAUCGAUUGAUUUUACCCGGUAGUGUGCCGCUUAAACCUCAAAACCUUAAACCCUCUUUGGAGCUGCCAAAGGAAAGAGGAACGGAAAACCAGCAGAAGAAACUCGAAAUCAUGUUGAGGAAGGCGCUAAAGUGCACUGGUGGCUCACUUUUACAGCCGUGGCGCACGAUAACAUCUCGCUCGUCGUCCACCGCUUCAUACACAGUGAACUCCAUGAUCCUCCGUUCCCUGAAAGAUCACUACCUCGAAGUCUCCAAGAUGACCCCUCCACCUAAAAUUAGUCCCCCUUCUCCGUACACAGUUGUAAAGGGGGCACUUGAUAGUGGGGGUCCUGUUCUAAGGCGGAUGUUUCAGGAUGAGGAGAUUAAUAUAUCAGUAAUGAGAAUGGUUGACGUUAUCCCUGGAGGUUCUGGAGAGGACUAUGGUGAAGACAGCGUCAACCAGUUAUUUGUUUACGUUGAUAUUUCUAAGCCACAGCUCAAAGAGUCUUUGCAUUUUCUUUGUGGCUUGUAUCCUGAUGCUCUGGGGAUUCAUUCGGUUUCACUGAGGCCAAAGACGGAGUCUUCAGGGUUCAUGGUGACUUCAAGCAAAUACAACGGUCCUGUUUUUGAAGAUAUUGAUGAGAAGGUUCGAGAUGCACUCCAUGGCUAUAUAGAAGCGCGAGGCGUAAACGAGAAGCUGUUCCCAUUUUUGCAAGCUUGGCUAUAUGUGAAAGAUCACAGGAAUCUCAUGCGUUGGUUCAAAACCGUUGGCUCGUUUGUUAAUGCAAACAACCAAGAAACCCUGGAAGCCUGAUCGUCUAAAGUCGAUCCUCGACAUUUCUCGAGUAUGAUAAAUCAAUGGGAGACUUUUAUUCAAACAAACAAAUUUAAGGAAAUAUUAUUAGGUGAGCGUGUUCUUUAUUCAUGUAAGGUUAACCCUUUGCUAGUAUCACCCAUGUUUGUUUCUGCAAGCAGUUCUUAUAGAUGUUAUUUUAGCCUCUAUGUUGUCAAUGGUCAAGAAGUGCUCUUGGAGUGAAUAAUUACGAAGUAGAUGUUAUUUUAAGUAGAUUAUUUUGUGUAUUAUUGUAACACCAUGUCACAAAAUUAUUCUAUCCCAUCAAGGUACGUAAGCGUAUAAAAAUAGUACUACCAUAGAUACUUG